GCAAUGCCAAGUGUCAGUUCUCAGACGGACAUAGCAUAGGAGCGUAUAGCUCCUAUUUUUAGUGGUUAUUAAAAAAAAAAAAAAUUUUAUUUAUAUAUAUAUCUAUAUUUUUUAUCAUCGAUGCGUCGACAGUGUUUUUUAUUUUUUUGUCUAUUUUCAUUGACCGUCCACUGCUAUGGCCAAAGAAAACGCAGAGAAGUUCAUUUUCCGGGUUACCAUUAUUGCGGACCAGGAACGAGCUCGGCCAGGAUAGCCAAAAACGAAACCGGGAUCAACGGACUGGACGAGGCGUGUAGGCGUCACGAUUUGGUGUACGACCGCAGCGAGGAACUCAAACACAGGGUGGAAGCGGAUAUCCGUUUGGAGCACGAAGCGUGGGCCAGGGUAAAAGCGUCGGACAGCAACAAAUGGGAAAAGACGGCCGCGUGGAUAGUGACCAACAUCAUGAAGAUGAAACGCAAAUGGGGAACUAGAAAGCUCAGGAGAAUGUCACAGCCCCGAGAAAUAGACAUAAUCAAAGAAGAACUUGCGGACGACCACGACCCAGCUUGGUUUAAUCACUUGCCCCCCAACCACACACGAUAGCAAGCUAAAACAUAUUCCAUCGACAUGUGCUAAUCUUCAGAUGAACUCUGUCGAAGGUGAAUGACUUAUAGGAGAAUAGACGCCAAUGCGGGAUGAGUUGCUGGACAAAAACAACGUUUUACUUUUAAGCGUACUGUGAUAUUAGUUUUUUUAAGUCUGUAAUUGUUUAAACUAUUAAAUCGUUUGAGUUUAUAUUA